AUGAAUGCGCCCACAUCUCCAGAAAACCUAACAAAGAAAAUUCGCCUGGCAGAUCAUCAUUCCGCCGGAGGAAAUUCGGCAAACAGGAACUCUAUCGACGCACAUGAUACCGACUCCUCAAGCGAACCCGACUCUGACCGACAGGAUGGUGGACGCGAGAGGAGCCUCCCAGAUUGCGUUUUUCAUUCACACAGUAGUUCAAUGGACCCAAGCUUACGAUCUGUUCUUGGUAAAUACAUCCGCUCGGAAUACGUUAUCAACUGCCUCGAGCUGGCUGGCUUCGACUCCCCUGCCGUCCUUAUGUGCUUAAACGAUUCAGGUAUAAGACAAGUUGAGGAGUUUGUUGGUACGGCAUGCUCAUUGAUGCCAUCGAAAAGGCUGCGUUUACGUUACCUGGGGCCAGUGUUCGCCCGCCAUCCUUCCCAUUUUCGCCUUCCUGCGGGUGUCAUAUGUGGUCUCCGUUUGGCUAUUGAGGAGUUGCGAAGAACGCAGAACCAAAGCCAGUCCCCGAUUGUAGGUGGUGAGUUUGCAGGUGUGGCCCCCCAAAUACGGACCCCGUCUUCAACGCCAAGCGGAAACUACGACGAGAAUUGCAUUGAAUCCGCUCACUAUGUUCUACUGGAUGCUGUUACUCAGACGGAUAUUACAUUAUCAACAUCAGCUGACUCGGGACUCUGGACAUCCACAUCAAGUUCAACCGUAGAGCCUCAGUCCAGUAGUCCGCUUCUUAAUGAAGUGCAUUUGAAGGGCCAUGACUCCCCACAACCUGUCCACUCACCCAGUUCUCCGCUCCCAGAGGUCACGAACGUCCAUCCGUCGUUGGACCAAUCCCCAUCUGCUGUUAUUUACUCGUCUUCCUCCUCGGCAAACGCGAUCACCUCUGUCCCUUCCAGCGAUCUUUUGGUCACAACACCCACCGAGUUUCUUACCAGUCAUUUGAGCGAAAACACUCUGAUCGGUUGCAAGCGAAUUCUCGAGGAGUUGACUUUGGCGCCUUGCUCGGGCAUUACGGUGACGACAUCGGCAUCUCCUCUGUUAUCCAGCCCACGUAGGCUGUCGGCCUAUCCACAAUUCCAACCCGAUGAUGACUCCAACAUCGACCUAAGUAGACUUAUUGAGCACUCAUCGGCAAGUGCUUGCCGCCUGGCGGCGCGUCAGUUUGUCAACGCCAAACUUGUUCGUGGAGAGGACUUUGAUAUCCAGAUGGAAGUUUCUUCGACACCGGGGGGAAGUCGGCGCAUCACGGGCAUUUUCUACUGUCACCUCUGCCGCGAGAAACGCGAACGUACUUGCGCCGUUCGGUUCUCUGUGGCUCGAAAUCGCUAUCCCGUUCUAAGUAACGUGAUUUCCCAUCUGAGAACACAUUUUCACCAUCAAGCCGCCAGCGGUCAACCGACUCCCGUCGCUGCAUCUACGCCCUCAGGAAAACCCUGUUCAGGAAAGAAUGGUGAGACUAGUCGCUCACCGACGGCAGAAUCAGUGCUGACGUCUGCUGUGGGUCUUGGCAGUUGCGUCUCCCCAACGACCCUGCCCAUAUCUUGCGCUCCUCCACCACUGUCAACAAACACAUUCCUCUCACAGAACCCCUUCUGUGACCUAAUGUCGCAGGUAGUGCAUUUGGCUUCUACGGCCGCUGUUGCAGUCGCUGCCACGACCAAUAGCACGAGUCCCUCAGCCGUUAUUAGUUCUACUAACACCUCAAUUCUGCAGCCUAAGGGUAUGUCGCUUAAGGCGAGCGAAUCCUCUCAGCCGCGACAACGUUCUUUCAGUCACUCCUCGCAAUCUCGUUUCUCCUCACUUCCAGGGCCCAACGAGGCAACUUAG